GUGAGCUAGACGUCUGAUGUACGGGUCAGGAGCAGAAGAACGUUCAGGUUCAUUUUGCAUUCUGAGAUGAGAAUCCGCCGAAAGAAGUUGAUGCAGCGGAAAAUUGUCAUCUCCAUAAUCAGCAUCUCGAAUUAACGGAGUUUUGCGCUUGGUAUCCAACUUUUUCAUCAUCAUUGUCAAGGAUAUUCUUGUUAAAUAUUGAUGUAUUUUCGAGUGCCCCGAAAGAGGCAUGGUAGAGUUCACGGAAAAGUGAUGUUUGCAUAUUCAUCUGGACAAAUACAGUAGUAUUUUGAGCAUCCGAGAAUUUAGUGACACUCAUAAACUCUUUUCCCCAUUAUCUUUCAAAUACGACAAGAAACCAGUGUAUUUGAUGCCAUGUCGGCUUUCCAGCACAUUUUAAUUUUCUUCGCCUUCAUCCUCGGUGUUUCACGGCAUGACGGCCCGAUGCUGGUCUCCGCUCAGUUUGAGUUCGGAGCGGCGUUUGAAACCAGCGAUGCGUCCAGCUCGCUCAGCUCCGUCGUCGCUCCCGACAAUACGGGGACGUUCGUGCUCGGUGGUGCGACGUCGACGGAGGGCGAUGGCGACCCAACCCCGAACCAGAUCAUAAAAGCCUUCUUGGACGAUUUCGACCAUCGUGCCGAUGGGGAGUUCCCCGGAUUGAUGGAGAAAAAAUGGACCUAUUAUACCAACUUGACCGAGGAAAAUCGACAAAUAAAGGUCGAAGCUCAGAUUCGAAUCACUCGGUUUGAUUCCGAGGCCCGUCAGACGGCCCAGACCUAUUACCAUACCUACCCAUCUCAUCAGAUAUCGUACGAUAUCAGGCGCGAGCUCGAAGCCGUCGCCUCGACGUCGGGCUCGCCCAAGUACGUCAACGAAGUCACCCAAGAACUUGAAGAUGUGAAGUCUCGUAUGGAGCAGAGAUACCACACAGCUCAGGUCUGCAGGAAGAAACGCGGUAGACGGGCACGACAAGAAUGCUUGCCUCUAGAUCCAGUCCAAUCCCAACAUGCCCAAUGCAAAUCAGGCGCCGAAGAAUCCGACUCGGAGCCGACCAAUGGCGUAGUCGGCCUGGAGUCGGCUAAGCCGGCUUGA